AUGGGCCUCAAGUUCACCAACUACUUCGACGACUCGAUGUACGAGUCGCCAGACGUCAAGAUCAUCGCCUGUCUAGGCUGCUCGUCCCACCUCUGCUUGUCGGACUUGGUCAUCUGUGACGGCUUCACAGGCGCCAGCGGACCCGCCCUCUUGGUAGAUAAGCUCAUCAACAUCGAGGCUGACUCCCCGUUGCAAAGAACCAGCAUGAAGACCGGCCAUUACCAGAUCUACAAGGUCCGCUGCCACCAGUGCAAGGCUCCGUUGGGCUGGUACUACAAGAAGGCCUACAGCUCCAGCCAGAGCUACAAAGAAGGCAAGUUCGUGGUGGAGGAAGCCUACGUCAAGUUCGUCAGCAACCACCCCUCCACAAACGAUCUUUUGCAACAGGCUAUGCGCAACAAAAUCAGACGAAGAUACAGC